AUGGUGAUGGAUUCCAAAAACAUGAGAAUGACUUUGCUCUUAGUUUUCGCAGCCCUACUUUCUCAAGUUGACACCUCUAUGCUCGAUAGACACGAGCAAUGGAUGGUGCAACAUAGUCGUUUCUACAAAGAUGAUGCCGAGAAGUACACUCGGUUCAUCGUAUUCAAAGAGAACUUGGAGCGGAUUGAAUUGUUUAACAAAGCCGGAAACGCUCCAUACAAGCUCGGAGUGAACCAGUUUGCCGACCUAACGAAUGAAGAGUUCAAGCUAAUGAAUAGGUUUAAGAGCCAUGUUUGUUCCUCAUCAACCGAUUCCUUUCGAUAUGGGAACGUUUCUACAGUGCCCGCUACCAUUGACUGGAGGAAGAAAGGUGCAGUUACGGCAGUCAAGGACCAAGGUCAAUGCGGGUGUUGCUGGGCAUUUUCUGCUGUGGCUUCCAUGGAAGGAAUCACACAGCUAACAACCGGAAAGCUGAUCUCCCUGUCUGAGCAAGAGCUAGUUGAUUGCGACGUAAACGGGGUGGAUCAAGGCUGCAAUGGCGGUCUUAUGGACGAUGCUUUCAAGUUCAUAAAAAGCAACGGAGGCCUCACAACCGAAUCCAACUACCCAUACGCUGGAACUGAUGACAAAUGCAGCAAAAAUAAAGCAGCCAACCACGCAGCUAAGAUAACUGGAUUUGAAGACGUGCCCACGAACAGCGAGAGUGCGUUGCUCAAAGCGGUGGCCAAUCACCCUGUUUCGGUAGCCAUUGAUGCAGGAGGGUUUGGUUUUCAGUUCUACUCGGGAGGUGUCUUCACGGGGGCGUGUGGAACCUCUCUAGACCACGGUGUAACGGCUGUGGGCUAUGGCACAUCAGAUGAUGGGACCAAAUAUUGGCUUGUGAAGAACUCGUGGGGGGCCUCUUGGGGCGAGGAAGGAUACAUCAGAAUGGAGCGUGGUAUUAGUGCCAAGGAAGGACUGUGCGGCAUAGCUAUGCAGGCUUCAUACCCAACUGCUGCAUAA